AUGGAAAGCACCGCCAUACCGAUUGGGUCUACGGCCUACGGCCAUGCCUGCGCCGAGUGUGCAAAAGCCAAGACUCGUUGCAUGCCUCGCGCCUCGGGGGGCAACAGCUGCCAGCGAUGCCACCGGCUGAAUAAGGACUGCCGGCCGGCGGUGCGAGUGCGCAAGCCGAAGCCGUUGUCCAAAACGGCUCGGCUGGAACAGAAGAUGGACGGGCUAAUGACGCUGCUGCAAUCGUCCUCGGCGGCCGGAGAUCAAGCCACACCCGCCACGGCCUUGGCAACGCCUCCCGAUCCACUGGUGCUGGGCCAAGGCCCGACUAUCCAACAGGCACCAUUGCUGAAUCCGUUAGUGAGCAGAAUCCACGACAUUGAUAUCUCUGCGGCUUCGGUGGACGAGCAAGAGGAGUAUUUGCGGUCGUUCCGCGACGACAAACUACCCUAUCUGCCGUUUUAUCACCUCCCAGAGUCCAUCUCGGCUCAGCAGCUCAAGCAGGAAUCUCCCUUCUUCUGGAUGUGCAUUGAGGCGACCCAAACGAAAGACCUUACCCGUCAAAGAGAAUUAGUCCAAUUUUGUCGGGAAUAUGCUGCCAGACAGAUGGUGGUGGAGUGCCACAAGAGCCUCGACUUGCUUCUUGGAUUGAUGGUACACAUGAUGUGGGUUUCACACCAGGCACAGCCUAUGAGUAGUUGCCUCUGUCUGUAUAUGCAACUUGCAGUUGCUCUGAUCACCGAAAUGGGCCUGAACAGGCCUCCUCCUCGCGAGAGCCCGGCCGACGCCACAAGCUACACGACACCUCAGGACUUGCCGCAUUUCAAGCCGCCAAUGACAACGGUCCGCACGAUGAGCCAACGUCGAGCCGUGAUCGGCUGCUACAUUCUCAGCUCAAUAAUCGCGCAUUUCUUGGGAAGGAUGGACCCGAUGAGAUGGACCACGCACCUUUCUGAAUGUCUCGAUAUCCUUGCCGAGAGCACAGAGACGGAAUAUGAUCACUUACUAGUUCACAUGGCCCGCAUCCGCAUGCUCGUGGACAAGUCUUGGCUGGUCAACAUCCGCGACUUUUACUCGUCUGACAACGCCCAAGCGCCAGUCUUAUUCCAUCUGGCAUCCUUCAAAUGGCAGUUGGAUGAACUCAAGACGCGAAUACCCGACAACUACCUUUCCAAAGGGUUUGUCCCAGAAUCCAUAAAAUUGCACUUAUUCUACGCCGAAUUCGCUUUGUUCUCACCAGCCCUCAAGAUCCCGCUCUCAUCACCAGAGUACUCGGAUCCAAAGCGCCUCGACUACCUCUACGCCUGCCUGAUCGCCAUCAAACAGUUCCUCGAUAUCAUCGUCACCCUACCGCCGGCUGCCUAUGCUUCUCUAUCCAUCGUCCACUUCUCUCAGACAUCCACUGCACUGAUUACCCUCUUCUAUCUGUCGAUAUUAGAGCUCCCCGGAUGGGACCGUGCAGCUGUUCGCAGGGCGGCCGACGUCAUGGCUAUCUCGGGGCACAUCGAGCACCAGCUAAACCAAACGGGUAGUGCCAUUGGGAUCCGCAUGAACGGACUAGAGCGAGACGCAUUCGCCGCCGGAGCUGGCAUUGUCCGGAAGCUGAGGAACGGAUGGGUGACCAGGCUGGGAGACGUACCGGAACCGCCCCUGAACAACACUGUCGACCAGCUAACGCCCGAGUCGACCGACAUCAUGUUUCUUGACAACAUGUUCGGCUGGUCUGUGGAUAUGUGGUUCCCGGAUCCGAUCUUUGGGGACUCUGCAAGCAAUAACAUGCUCUAG